AUGAUUUCCUGCACAUGGCAACGGUUGUGUAGGCCCGCAGAUUCCGGACUGACGGUCUUCCAGUCAGGUCGCCAAACUGAGCUGUCUACCCUCUGGGAUCAAUGGACCUUUGGGAACAGUGCGCGGCCCGAGCACGCGGCAGUGGCUGAGCAGGGGCGCUGCGUGCACGUGACCUUGCCGCCCCACCCCCCAACCCCGCCCUGGCCCGCGCUUGCGCACGGAGUCCUUGCCUCGCACUCCGCGCGACUGGACACUCGGGUGGCGGCACAGCGCCGACAGCAGCGAGGCGUCCUCGAACCCGGCUUUUGCCCGGAGCACCCGUGGCCUCCUUUGACAUCACUCUAUCUCGAAGCUCUACAAAGCCAAAGACCCCAGGGAGAGAUUUGGGUAAGAAAUUUGGCCUCAGGGAAAAGCAUCUGGAGCCCCUUCGUUCCUCAGAAGAGAAGCCGUAGGAAAUUGCCACCUGUGAUGGGCACAUCUCAGUUUUUGCUGGUUCAUCCCUCUCCUCAACGUGGAAUGGAAGUAAAAGCUGAAGCAAUCUUUCCUUUCCCCCACAUAUACUCAGGUGGUGAGGACUCCUUGGACAACAUGGAGAAGUACCCUCAUUGCAAGGAUCCUAAAUGAGGUCAUGGGGGCAGAGCACCCUACACAGCACCGGGCACAUACCAGGCAAACAAGAAUGAACUAAUACAGUCACAUCCACUGAAGCAAAACAGGUCACAGGACGAAGAUAAUCGAGU